UAUUAAAUUAGGGUUUUCGAUAAACAAAAUAUCCCCCUUACCCUUAGUCCUCUACUCUUCAAAUUCAAUCCAUCAAAGGCUCUCUUUCUGAAAAUCAAGAGAGCCAAUUACUUCAUCAAUUUUCACCAUGGGAAGGGGAAAAUUCAAGGCUAAGCCUACUGGUCGCCGCAACUUUUCUACCCAUGAAGACAUGGUUGCUGGAACCUCCACCCGUCCUAAGACUUUUCGACAGAAAGAACCUGAGAAUGAAGAGGAGCCAACUAAUGAAGUUUCCGAGGAAGAAUCUGAAGAAGAAUCUGAAGAUGAAAAUACUAAGGCAAAAGGUGUUCAAGGGGUUAUUGAGAUUCAAAACCCUAACUUGGUAAAGCCCAAGACCAUUAAAGCUAGAGACAUUGAUAUUGGGAAAACCAGCGAGCUUUCAAGGCGCGAAAGAGAGGAGAUAGAGAAACAGCGAGCUCAUGAGCGCUACAUGAAACUUCAAGAGCAAGGAAAAACAGAACAAUCAAGGAAAGAUUUAGAUCGUUUAGCUCUCAUACGUCAAGAAAGAGCUGAAGCUGCCAAAAAGCGUGAAGAAGAGAAAGCGGCCAAAGAACAAAAGAAGGCUGAAGCUCGCAAGUAAAUUUUGUGGGGCAUGUCGCACGCGAACAAGUUUUUCUCCAAUUUUCUGGAGGAAUAUCUGCUCUCGCUAUAUUUUUAACAUUUUAUAUGUCCGUUUAGCUUCUUUAUAUUGAAUAUUAACAUUCCAUGUUGGUAGCAUGUAGCGCAAUUACUCCUUCACUUAAUGACUUGAAAUCUUGAUUAUAUAUGUUUUUUUCCUCUGUA